ACAAAGCCAUUGAGAUCUCUGGGGACUAACUAAGGCCACCUCAAAACAAGACCCAUCCAUAACAGCGAUCGAUCAUGGUGGCUAAAGCCUUAGCACAGCUAAUAACAUGCGCAAUCUUCUUCUGCCACGUCGUAGCUUCCGUAGAUGACAUGAUCACCAUACGCCAAGUCACGGACGGUGGUCGUCGAGUACGCCCGAAUCUGAAUCUACUCGGAACCCACACGGAGAGCAAGUUCUAGGUUUUUAUGUCCGAUUACGGCAAGAGCUACUCCACUAGGGAGGAGUACGUCCACCGCCUCGGGAUAUUCGCCAAAAACGUCCUCAAGGCGGCUGAGCACCAGAUGAUGGAUCCCACCGCCGUCCAUGGAGUCACGCAGUUCUCUGACCUCACGGAAGAUGAGUUCAAGCGGAUGUACACUGGAGUAGCUGAUGUUGACCGCGGUAGUGGCGUUACGGUUGGAGCGGAGGCACCCAUGGUUGGUGUUGAGGGAUUGCCUGAUGAUUUUGACUGGAGGGAGAAAGGUGGAGUUACUGAGGUCAAGAAUCAAGGUGCAUGUGGAUCGUGCUGGGCAUUUAGCACAACAGGAGCAGCUGAAGGAGCCCAUUUUGUCUCCACCGGGAAGCUCCUCAGUCUUAGCGAACAACAACUUGUCGAUUGUGAUAAAGCGUGCGAUCCAAUGGACAAAAAAGCAUGCGACAAUGGAUGUGGUGGUGGACUCAUGACAAAUGCCUACGAGUAUUUGAUGGAAGCAGGAGGCUUAGAAGAGGAAAAAUCCUAUCCUUACACCGGUAAAAAAGGCCAGUGCAAGUUCGAUCCUGCGAAGGUUGCGGUAAAAGUAGCGAACUUCACCACUAUACCACUGGAUGAGAAUCAAAUCGCAGCAAAUUUAGUUCGACAUGGUCCCUUAGCAGUGGGAUUAAACGCGGUGUUCAUGCAGACGUAUAUAGGAGGAGUGUCGUGUCCGCUUAUAUGCAGCAAGAGAAGGAUUAACCACGGGGUACUACUUGUUGGGUACGGAUCAAAAGGGUUUUCGAUCUUGCGGCUUAGUAAUAAACCCUAUUGGGUUAUCAAGAACUCAUGGGGGAAGAAGUGGGGAGAGAAUGGGUACUACAAGUUGUGUCGUGGCCACGAUAUAUGUGGGAUUAACUCAAUGGUCUCUGCGGUAGCCACCCAAGUCUCGUCCUAGAUGGGUCUCGUCUUCCCUUUGCACUCUCUUGGUUUAUGUUUUAGGGUUUGAUCAUGUUUUAGGAGUGGAGUUAGGGGGUUUGGUCAUUCCGCGACCGUUUGUCUUGACUGUCUUUGUAGUAACAAUUGGUGAUAUAUCUUCCCUUUAUACAUUUCUUCUUGAGAAUGUUCCUUA